GCAUCACCAGGCGAGGCAGCGACUCCGUUCGGCCGCCAUGCCCACUCGAGCGAGGGCGAGUACAUCGUUUCUGCCGGAGUUGGUCCUCGUUCAUCUCCUUCAACGGUGUCUUCUACCUAGUUGUCGGUGAGGUGAAACUGAGGCUACCUGGAGCAACCUAAGAAAACUUGCUGCAUCAUAUAGAUCUCCAGCUUAACAUUACAGAGAAGAAUCUGUGAAUGGAGCAGCAAUUUAUAAGCAACAUCCCAGUGGUAUUCAAGUUUAGGGCUUUAAUACCCUAGAUUAGCCUCAUAUGGGGAGUGUUGGGCUAACAAUGGAGGUUCAUAAGCUCAGACAAUCUAACUAUUAACUUGUGCUUAAGCAUUUUGGGCCAUUGGUUGGUUCUCACCGGUCUGGGAGAAACGUGGCUUCCAUAGUUCAAGUGGCUCAAUGCUUAUUAUGUUGACUUUCAAGAUUUUCGGUUUCAGGAUGUAGUUUGAACCUCAACAACAAGACUGUUUGAUGCACAUGUCAAAAUGCCUCUUGGUCUGAAAAGUCAAGUUAAUGGAAAAAGAGAAAACUUUGGAGAAACAAGCAUGUCUAUUUCAUUGUUGUCCAAGCAUGAAGGCAAAGCAUUUAACAGGGAAUUUGAUAGCAAGGUGAAUAAUGGUCCUGACAAUAAACGACCACGUCUAGAUCAAUCAGACAGUUAUGCUAAAAAUAUUCGAGUUGAUGACGAUAGCACUAUCUGCCAGAAAAAAACAGAUUUGAUUAGAUGCUCAUCUGCUGAUAAAGUGUGGUUGAUCAAGCCAAAGCGUGGUGCUGAUGGCAAAAGAAAUGAUAGGAAAAACUUCAGAUCUGGAAUUAAAACCAGAUAUGAUACUUUACCAACAAAGAUGGGGGUUUUUAGCAUUGAUUCUACUUCUGCAGGAAGUAACCUGUUACGAACAUAUGGACUAAAGUCUGAUCUCUCUGAUAUCACAAGGCAUAUUGAUGAGGUUGGCAUUAGUGAACUUCUAGAUGGUAGUUACAGAUAUUCUAAUGUCAAUGCUGAAAAAGGAAAGAAACUCCCAGUUGUCAGUGAAAGUAUGUUGACUUCGCUGAAAAAGGCAAUCUCUGUUCUUCCCCAUGAUGGUCUGACAUAUAGCAAUAGCAAUGGAAAAGAAGCUGUAUGCCUCAGUAAAUUUAGUUCAUCACCCGUACAUGAUUGUUCCCACCCCAAUAAAGAUGAUGAAUCAACCAAUACCAAGUACCCUAACAUAGGUGAUGCUGAUCUAUAUCAGCCGAAGAAAAUUCUUGAGCAUUUAGCCAUUCCUUCAGGAUCAGAUCUUACUACUCUUCUUGAAGAUUUAAGUUUGACUUCGUCCACUUCAAAGUUGACUAAACCCUCAAAAAAUUUUCAUGCUGCUAGCUUGCCUCCUUUCUCAUGGUCUUGUUCUCAUAGUUCAGCUUGCAAACCCACUGCGGAUUCAAGUAAACUAGUUUUAACUAAGCAUGAAUGUCAGGGUAGAUGGAUUAGAAUUGAUUGCAAUUCUCUUCUCACUGGAGACAACCAGCAUUUCUUCUUGGACUUGGAGAUGUUAACAGUUGAUAACAAUGGAGAUUCAUUACAAAGGACUACUGUUCUUCAAGAUAAUCAUCUGGACUCAUCUCCUAAGUUUCCAUGUGGUCAGCUUUCAAACAUGGUGUUCCAAACAUCAAAUUCUGUUGAAAGGAAUGCUCCAGAUGAUAUAAGGUUGGAAAAAGGACCUUGCUUGUCUGUGUUAACUCACAAGCGGCUUAAUUUUGUUGAAGACCAUGCCCACUGUUCAAGCAAUGGCCUCGAAUGUGACAACAAAGAUAAUUGCUUGGUUAGAACUUCUGGAACUGAAGCUAGUAUGAAGUUUCAAGGGAAGGAUCCAGAUUUACCUGAUCACAUAAGAUCGGCAUCUAUGUUAUGCAGUACCAAAGUCUUGAAAGAUCUGCACACAGUAAAUGAGCCUGGCUGUGUUUCUUCAGGUUCCUUUAAUUGUAAAGAUAUUGGAGAGUGCAGUUGGAGUUUACCCAAUUUAUCUGCUUCAGAUAUGUCUCAACAUGAUUAUUCACCCCAAGAACUGCAUGCCGCUGGCAUACUACUUGAGAUGACAAGACACUGGAGUGCCUUCAAAGUCCAAACUGAAGAUUGUGGAAAGAUAAGGCGGUCAAAGUCUUCACAGAAGGCCAUGAAGAAUCAUAAAUCAAUAUCCCAAACGGGAAGAUCAGAAUUCUUUAGAACAAGGAACCAUGAUCCUGUUCGAACUGCAGAUCUUUCAUAUUGGGAACAUAAGCCAAUUGAGAAGAAAAAUGACAUGAGAAUGUCUGGUAGAGUAACUAUAAAAAAUUCAAAUCAGUUGGAAGGUGGAGUUUCCCCUCACAAAUUAGAAAAGGAUCUGCAUGUUGGUGGUGCAAGCUCACUGCCCAAUGUUACCGUCAGAUCAACGAGUUUGAUUCCAACAAUCGCACGAGUUGGAAAUGGUUAUGAAACUCAUCAGAAGCUCAGAAAAACAACAGGAUCCUCCUUUAUGGUUGGGACUUGCAUCAAAGAUUGGAGUCGGGGAAGAAACAAGCAAGAAUAAUCCAUUUUGUUUCAUGUGGAUUAUUCUAGCCGUAUUCUUGCGAAGUAAAAUUUCUGUUCACACCCUGCAAAUUGAAAUGUUGUUCUGCUCCAGACUCCAGCAGCAUCAAGAUGGCUUCACCAAAUUUACUCUCAUCAUUUUGAGUCUUUGUUGAGUAUACAAUAUUCUGUCGAAGAAGUAAAGCAUCAGCAUGAUUUAUCUUCUACUCAUAAGGUUGAAGACCAAAUCCAAAGCACAAAAGAGGCAUCCGGUGGAACUGGUAAUUUCUUGUAAAUUCAACAUGAAUGAUAUCUACGCUUUAG